CCAAACCCCCAGUCAAGUUUAAAUCACACAGAGCUCCACCGACUCUCAGUUUGCAUCCUCCUGUCUCCUCCUCUGCUCUGAGCUCCCAACAGUCUCGCCUCUUCCCUUCAUCUGCCCGCUUCUCUUGACCGUCAGCCUUGAGAAGUCUCCUUUGAGGCUUCCCUCUCCGAAACAAGAAAAAGAAACAAAAUAUAUAUAUUUUUUUCUUUUCUGAGGCCUGUGAGAUACUGAGAACCAACAGUCGCCAUGGAGGCCAUCAAGAAGAAGAUGCAGAUGCUAAAGCUGGACAAGGAGAAUGCCAUCGACAGGGCAGAGCAGGCAGAGACUGACAAGAAGUCUGCAGAAGAUAAAUGCAAGCAGCUGGAGGAUGAGCUGCUCGCUCUGCAGAAGAAACUGAAGGGAACAGAGGAUGAGCUGGACAAGUACUCUGAGGCUCUAAAGGAUGCUCAGGAGAAACUGGAGCUGUCAGAGAAGAAGGCCACAGAUGCUGAGGGUGAUGUGGCAUCUCUGAACCGCCGCAUCCAGCUGGUGGAGGAGGAGCUGGACCGGGCCCAGGAGAGACUGGCCACCGCCCUGCAGAAACUGGAGGAGGCUGAGAAGGCUGCAGAUGAGAGUGAAAGGGGCAUGAAGGUGAUUGAGAACAGAGCCAUGAAAGAUGAGGAGAAGAUGGAGAUUCAAGAGAUGCAGCUCAAAGAGGCCAAACACAUUGCUGAAGAGGCCGACCGCAAAUAUGAGGAGGUUGCCCGUAAACUGGUAAUCCUUGAGGGGGAACUGGAAAGAGCAGAAGAGAGGGCAGAAAUUGCAGAGCUUAAGUGCAGUGACCUGGAGGAGGAGCUUAAGAAUGUCACCAACAACCUCAAGUCUCUAGAGGCUCAGUCUGAUAAGUACUCUGUGAAAGAAGACAAAUAUGAAGAGGAGAUUAAAGUCCUUAAUGACAGGCUUAAAGAGGCCGAAACCCGUGCAGAAUUUGCAGAAAGGACAGUGGCUAAGCUGGAAAAGACCAUUGAUGACUUAGAAGAUGAGCUGUACACUCAGAAGCUGAAAUACAAGGCUAUCAGCGAGGAGCUGGAUCAUGCCCUCAAUGAUAUGAACACCUUGUAAAGCUCCCAUUUGCCCUGUGAUACAUUCACUUUCUCUUUGUCCCUCUCUGCCUUAUUAGAAGCACUUUGCCUCUUUUCCCUUUGCUAUCACUGCUACUUUCUUGUUUUGCUAUGGACUGAAGCUCAAUAAAAAAUAUUUUUCUCUUUUA